GUUUGAUGCAUGUCUUCUGCAAGUUGUUCCAAAUGAAGACAGUUGUUAACAAACUAUAAACAGUUUAAGACACGCAAUGAAAGUUAAAAAGUUUGGUGCACAGAGAUUAAUGAAGUGCAUCAAGUUCAGAGUUCGUCCUAAUAAACGUACACCUUUGCAACCGUUAGAAAACCUAACCAGUGUAACUGACUCUGAUGCCUUUACAGCGCUGUUUCUUAAACCACUGACUGUUAAAUGUAGUGAGCCGCUAUCUCCACUUUGUUUUCCACCUUUAAUUCUAAUGCAUAUAUCUACCCCUAUUUCUUCUAAGCAACAUGUUGAUAAAAACCAAUCAAAAAUUUCACCUCCUAACAUUUCAAAUUCUUGUAAAUCAAUAAAAGGCAAAGUGUCAGAAUCAGUGUCAGUUGGUCCAAAAAAAAUACGAACAAAUAAUACUCAUGCAGUGCUUAAUGAGCUCAACGUACUUUGCAAUGAUGCAGGCAUUGAUUCAGACACAGUAAAAGCUGUUAGAUAUGGUCAAGCUGUCAUUUUGCAAAAAUUAGCUAUAUAUCACAACGGCUGGACGGCUUGA